GAUCACCCAUUCGCGUUUGUAAGCUCUGGUUGGUUCAUUGUUCCCGCCGCUUCUAUAUCUCUCUUUCUCUUUGAGAAGAAGGUACGCUACACGAUGACGUGUAGAUAGCCAUUUUGGAAAGUCGUUUGUAUAUUGAGUUGUUGGUUACAUAAGAUCUUUCAGAAUGACUGAAGAAACUGUCAUAGAGGAAGGCUGUGUACCCGAUGAAAUAAUCCAUGAGGAAACAUAUGGCCUGAUAGUUGGUGCGGAAUUUUCUACCUGGGCAGAAUUCAAAACUGUUAUGGAACAGUAUGAGGCUAAUGUUCAUGUUAAGCUGAUCUUGGCAGACACAAGAAAAGUCCAUACUGCAAAUGUUGCUUAUCGAAGAGAAGGAGCGCCACUGUAUGAUGAAAAAUUUAAGUAUGCAUAUGCAAGAGUCACUUGUAAACAUCAUGGAAAGUAUCGUAGUAAAGGAUCUGGCAAAAGACCUAAUCAAAAGAGCUACAAGACCAACUGUCCAAUGCACUUCAUACUGAGUGUAGAUCGCGUCAAAGACAAGAUGUUCAUCCGUAGCGGCAACUUUACACAUAACCACCCAACAGAUGAAGGGGUUGCUAAAUUGUAUCCUGAGAAUCGUCGUCUUAGUAAGUCAGAGAGACAGUUCAGUAAGAUACUCAUGGACAUGAAAGUUCCAACAAAAGUAUUCAGAGAAAGAGUGCGCGAGAUGAGCCAAAAACCACUGACAAAUAAAGAUAUUUAUAAUCUGCAAGCUCAGCUCCGCCGAGAAAUGGCAGAAGAAGAGAAGACUGAGGUACAAUCACUGUUGCAUGAACUCCAGGAUAUAACAGAGAAGGAUGCUGGAAGUGAGGUGGUUGUAAAUGUUGAUGGUAAUGGACAAAUACAAGUUGUAUUUUUUCAAACGUCCUACAUGAAAGAGACAUACAUUAGAUUCCCAGAGGUCUGUGUAAUAGGUGAUACAGAUGAUGUAAACACCAAUGGUAUGAUUUUAUGCACUCUUAUUGUUCAGGAUGGUAGUGGCACUUACAUUCCCUGUGCUCAUUUUUUACUUGCAAAAUUAGAUGAGUCAACGAUGAGUGCUGCCUUCCAGUUGUUCAAACAACCGUUAGAUCCUUCAGUGAUUGAAAAGACCAAACUGUUUAUUGUAGGCAGUAAUUCUUUGGACAUUAAAGUCUUUGAAAGCCAUUUUCCAAAUGCUUCUAUUAAACUUUGUGAAACACAGGUUUUGAAAACAUUCAAGAAUGAAACAUCAAGUAUGGAAAAUGGCACAGCUGUUGCAAAAUCUGAGAAGCAAGGGGCUCGAAGACAAAAUCAUUUAUGGACAAUACUACAUGCAAUGGUAAUGUCUAAAACUGAAGAGGAAUAUUAUGAACUUCUUGAAAAUUUGCAAAGUCUAGCAUUUGCUCAGGCUUUCAAUGAAACAUGGCAUAAACAGCGCCACUUGUGGGUGGGAGCAUGGAGAAACAAAGAUCUGAAUUAUGGAAUUAAAACAGCUGACAGUGUAGAAGCAUUCCAUGGGAAGGUAAAGAAUGUUGUGAACGGCACAAGCACAGUGGCAGAGUGCGUCAGAGGAAUCUGGAAAAUUGACAAUCAGGUGAAAUUGGAAUCUGACCACAAGAAGCUCAAAGCAAUGCUUUCAGUUAAAAAUCCAAAUCAGGAUAAAAAUCCAGAUUUAGAAGAACUAAAUAAAUUCUGUACGAGUUAUGCUGUAAGCCUUACAGAAAAAGAGAUCAUUGCAGCUGCAGCUCUCGAUGUUCAAAAAGAUGUUGGUGGACAAAUAAUUGUCACAGGCACAGUUGGGGAAUUUGCUGUUGAUGAGAAGGGAAAAAUGUGCUCAUGCACUUUCUAUACAAACUACAAUCUGCCUUGUAGACACAUUUUUGCUAUGCGAAAAUUCUUAGAGAAAGAGAUUUUUGAAGAAAGUUUGUUUGAAAGUAGAUGGCAGAAAGAUUAUCAGCAUUCAGAUUGCAAAAUUGAAUCUGUUGAAGUAAGCAGUCCAAGUGUAAGUUUGGCAGGAAAAGCAAUUAAAAGAGAAAGCCAAGCUAAAAGCAGUAACACACCAGUCAAAAAACCAAAGACUGACAAACCAAACAAGAGGUCGCAGUCACUGACACGAGAUGAAAAGUACACAAAGGCAACUUUAUUAUGCAGACAAAUUGCAGGUGUUAUUAGUGAAGUGCCUCAAAAGCAAUUUGAAAACAAAAUGAAAAUCUUAACUACCCUUUGCAGUCAUUGGUUGAAUGGUGAUGAAGUUAAACUCACUGUGAAGUCAAAAGAGCCUGAUGAUGUUGUUGAAGAUGUUGAAUAAUUCGACAAAAUACUCUGUCUUGAGCUAAUGCACUUCAAAAUUUGAGGUGCUUUUUCUCAAAAUUUUCAGUCAUUAACUUUCAUAUAAAUAUUAGAAUAAAAAACCAUUGCUACUUUGUAUAGACCUUUAAAGUUGGCUGGUAAUUUAUUGAUUUUCAUAGUACUGUAUGCAGUAGCAAAACUAACGUAACGUAAUUGUUUACAUACACCAACACUUGUAUAGCGCCAUUUCGUGAAGAUCAAAGUGCUUUUUUUGUUUAAUUUUUUACAUCAGCCUAUGCUUCAUUGGAAAUUGAUAUUUUGUCAUUUUUAAUGAUCAAGUUCAUUAUGUAUUUGUUAAAAAUAUUUGUAGCAGACAAAUGAUGAUUUUUUUAAUUAUUAUUUAUAUUAACAGCAAAUUAAGAAUUAAUAAAAGCAGCAUAAUUAAACCAGUGAUCUUUAGCAAUGUGAGAAAAAUAUAACAAACAGUAUUCUAAAGUAGGAAUAGCAAAUAGUGGUGUCUGUAACAUUAUGAAUCUACUGCUGAUAGGGUCUAAUACAAUUGCUUUUAAUACAUUUUCCAGAAAAACAUUGUCGAUCAGGAUUCGACCAAGACCUUCCAUUGCAAUUGCAUACAUUUCCACAAUUUAUUAAAAUUUUCCCCUGGAAUUUUAGUACUGGUUUAUUUUAAAUGCUUCUUUUAAUUAUUUAAAUAUUCAUGUAACACUGAUUUAACCCUGGAGGUAUUAAAUGAUUUUAUGUCUUUUCACACUUUUUAUCCACUUAGUGUGAUAUUUGUUGAUAAUUCUUAUUUGUUUAAGCUACAAAUUUGUUUGAUUUUGAAGCAAAUUUAUAUCAAAUAAUUUCAUAUUGAAGUUGUCUGAAGGCUUCCAUCCGGAUUAUUUCAUAUUGAUUUUACUGAUUAUAUAAGCCUGUAUUAACAUAAAUGUUGUGAUGAGAGACAGUGGCGGUGCCAGCACUGGUCCAGGGAGUACACCCCCCCCCCCAUCUUUAAUUUGGGAACCCGCCAUUAGGAAUGAAAGCAAUCAUUUCUGGGGGUCUUGGACUUGUCGGAGAAUGCUGGCACUGUCACUGGUUGGAGAUGUAAUUUAUUAAGUUGUUGGUUUUUUUUUAAUUUUAAGCUCGCAUUAAUACUAGCACUCAGUAAUACUUUCUACAUUUUUAUAUUAAUACCUAAAUUGAACAUGCUUAAAUCUUUUUCUUUGUAAAGUUAGAUUCCAUUGUUGAUAAAUAAAUGACACAUAUUGCAUUAAUUUAUUAAGUUGUUUGUUUUUUUAAUUUUAGGCUCGCAUUAAUACUAGCACUCAGUAAUACUUUCUACAUUUUUAUAUUAAUACUUAAAUUGAACAUACUCAAACCUUUUUCUUUGUAAACUUAGAUUCUAUUGUUGAUAAAUAAAUGACACAUAUUGCAAGUUGUGUUGUGUUUCCACCACACCUUAA